CCAGGGAAAAUAUCGAUAGUUGAAAUUAUGACAUUUGCACAACGAAGAGUGGAUUAUCCAAAGAGUUUAAUAAUACAGGGGAUUAUUAUCUGUCGCUAUAUGUAUAUUUCAUUAUUACGGUAUUCACGCUGACUAGUAAACUGCGUUAAAUAAUACUUAAAAGCACUCUCAUUAAUAUGGAAACCGAAACAUCGCAAAAUGCAGAGAUAAAACCAAACCAUAAUGAAGAAAACUUACAAAAACCAUCUAAUGGAAAAACAGAUGUCAAUCUCUCAAUUUUGGCUCCUGUAGCUACGAACGGUACUGAAACCGAUGUCGCUAAUAAUACAGUGACCAAGGAUAAUACGCACAAAGCAAAUAAAAAGCCAAAAAAACGAAAACCUAAAGUACCUCGUGAUAUGACCGCCCCUCGACCACCUUUGACUGGAUAUGUAAGAUUUCUGAAUGAACGCCGAGAUCAGUUAAGAGCUGAACAGCCAGAGCUUGGUUUUGCAGAGUUAACUCGUCAAUUGGCAAGUGAAUGGAGUAAAUUACCUACUGAAGAAAAACAACAAUAUUUGGAUGCAGCAGAUCAAGAUAAAGAAAGAUAUAUAAAGGAAUGGGCUGAAUACAAAAAAACUGAUGCAUAUAAGGAGUUCAGAAAACAACAGAUAGAUCAAAAGGACACAGUCAGUGCAAAGAAAAUCAAACAAGCUGUUACAAGUAAUGACAGUAGUAACAAUACAAGUGUCACACAAGCACUAGAGCCAAGUGUACCUGUAGCUAACAGUGUGGCAUUAGUAAAUUCAUCACGACAACCUACUCCACCUAGACCCCGACCAUGUGUAACCCCGGCUUCGGGUGAAGAUCUGGGCGACACAGAUAUACCAAUAUUCACAGAGCAGUUUUUGCAACAUAAUAAAUUACGGGAGUCUGAACUUAGACAGUUAAGAAAAGCCAAUUCAGAUUAUGAGCAACAGAACGCAAUUUUGCAACGACAUGCUGAAGAAGUCAGUGCUGCGACAUCAAGGCUUCGUGCAGAAACAGCUGCUGCAGCUGAACGGACAGCAGCUCUUGUUGCACAUCAUAAAGCGUUAGUGGCAACACUGGUUCAAGCUUUGCAAUCUACUGUGGUACCUCUCAGCGGUGGGCCAUCUGGAGCAACAGAAAGCAACAUAGAUGAAUACAUGGAAAAAUUACAAAGUCUAGCCACUGAGAGCAAGCACAACACUAUUGUAAAGCAGGCGAUGGAUAAUUUAAAUUUUGCUAAUUUCAAUUUUCCUUCUACAACAUUGUCAUAGGUUAUGUUACAGUUUAGCCUGUACAAAUUAUAAUUCAUAUUAUCUGGUCGAUUCUGUGAAGUAUUAUACACUAAUAAAAUUUUUGAACUCUGA